AUGUUUCGUCAAUUGUUGAUUCUUGCUGCCGUUUUGGUCGUCGCUUUAGCUACACCUGCUGUAGAAAGAGAUAGAAGAAUUGUUGGUGGAUAUGACAAUGUCUUGGGUCAAGUUCCAUGGGCUGUUUCAUUGAGAACAUUAGCUGGAUUCCACUUCUGUACUGGCUCAAUUGUUAGCACUUGGUAUGUCUUAACAGGAGCUCACUGUAUCAGCGGAAGAGCUGCAUCCGGAAUUCAUUUAGUUAUGGGAAGAGUCACACUCGAUGGAAGUGGUGGAAUCAAUCGUCAAGGUUUAAGAACUGUAAUUAAUCCAAACUUUAACGCUGAAACAAUGGCAUUUGACCUCGGUCUUGUUCAAACCUCAGUCGUUAUUGUCCUCAGUACAUCAAUUCAAUCAAUUUUCUUAGGAAAUACAUUUGUUGGAAGUGGAGCAGCAUCAAAAUCAAGCGGAUGGGGAUCAACAUCAUCUGAGUUGGGACCAACCUCAAACAAUUUGAGAACUUUUGAUACAACAACUUUAACAAAUGCUGAAUGCCGUGCUAGACAUUCAUACUGGAAUGCUGAAAGAAUCACAGACAACAAUCUUUGCACCGACAAUGGCGUUGGUGAAGGGUUCUGUCAAACUGGUGCUGGUGGAUCACUUGUUUGGAAUGCUCAAUUGAUUGGUGUUGCAUCAUGGAAUGUACCAUGUGCUCUUGGAUUCCCAGAUGUCUACGUGAGAGUUUCAGCAUUAAGACCAUGGAUUAUUUCGAUUAUCGGAGGCAAUUAAGACACGUGU